UUCACAACCCUAAUUUUUCAAUAGACGCGAGAAAAAAUUGUAAAAAGAAUUGCUGUGUUUUUCUUGACAAUUUUUUAACAAAUUCAAUUAAAUUCCUUGAAUUUACAAGAAUAAAACAAAACAACAUCAAUACAUAUACAACUUAAAGUGAAUUCAGCAAAGAAUUGUGUCGAAAUUUCAACAAAAAUGAGGUGAAAACAGAAAGGUUGCAAAAUCAACCAUGAAAAAAUUUUCACUUUUUUAGUGUGUAAUGUAUAUGAGUGUAAUUGAAAUCAAGAAAAGGUUAUAAAAUUAUUUUUCUUGGCAGAGGCGCAAGCGAGAUGCGCCGUAAUAAAAAAUGAAAUCUGCAAAAGUGUUAUAUUAAAACAGUUGUUAAGCAAAAUAAAGAGAAAAAUCAAUUUACACGUUUCUAUCCUAUCCACAAUAAGAAUGCGACAUCCUCCGAAAAGUGUGUGUAUUGCAAUUUCAACUAUGAGGCCGCAAUAAAAAUACAGUUCCAUGGCUUCUAACAAGGUUUAAGAAAACAACAAAAAACAGUAAAAAAUUUGUAAAUUUUUGACAACUACAUUUAAUUGAAAAAUAAAAAUUUUUUAAUUUUGCUUUGUUGCUGCUGUUUCGUGCCAAUUUGCUCUUCCCACGUUACGUACAAGCGUACAGUAACAACAUACAUACGUCUCGUUGUUACUUCGGGUAUCAUACAUUACGUUUUCCGCCGCAAAUUCGCAUUCGAUACGCGCACGGUGUUCCAAGUGUGUGUGUGUGUGUGGUACCAGCACUACGUUGUAUGGGUGUGUGUACGGUGUAUUGUAUAGAAUAGAUAAUACAGCGACAACGGAGGAGCAAACUACGUCGCCGACGUCAUUGAUGGACCCUAGCAAAGUGGCUGUCCGCUUAGCUGCUGAGCGCAAGCUGUUGUCUUUAUCACGCCGUGACGUGUUUGCGCACACAUUACCAUAACAACACAAAUAGAAAAGCAAAAAAGAAAAAUAAAUAAACAAAAUAGCGAAACAACCUUCCCCAAUACUAAACAAAAAGCAGCAUCACCCACAAAAAAAAAAAACAAACACCAUAAUCUAACACGCAGCCAGCAGCUAGUCUCCCCAUUAACAUGAUGACACAUUCAAAGCUGGUCGAAACGGCCAUGUGAGAAAGUGUUUUGAAUUGUGUGUUGUGAAGAAAAGAUCUUGUUGUCGUGGUUUAUUUUGCCGGCUUGUGCUGCUUUUUGCUGCAGACCUUGCGAGCAGCACGAGACAACUAAAUUUAUACAUAUUAAAACAAUAACAAAUACACAAAGUGUCGCCGUCAUGGAGCUGGAAGAACUUUCUAAUUUAAGCAAAAAUGACUUUCUACCGCUGAUACCCUUAAUAAAGCAGGAACAAUUGGAUACGGGCCUUACCGAAAUGGAUACCCAAGAUCAUUUGGGUGCAACAGCUGCCUCCACAUCGGCCGCUGGUGCUUCUAGCUUAUCAUCCACUUCGUCAUCCAUUGUGAACUCAUGUGAUAGCGCAGAGAAAAGAUCGGAAUCCACAUCAACAUCAAUAUCAUCGAAUAACUCCAAACCUAUUGCCACCAAAUGCGUUUUUUGUGCACAAACAUUGGGCAUCAAUGAUCGCCCCAAACUGCUGGAGUGUCUUCAUGUCACCUGUGCCCAGUGCAUGAGCACAAAGUUUGCCGAAUUGGAUCGCACCAUGCCACCCUUAAUACACUGUCCCAUGUGUAAUAUGGCCUCACAGAACGAAUUCAUUAUCGAUAAUCAAUUUUUAAUUGAGCACUGUACGGCGGGUGAAAUGCUGAAUGACCCCAACGAUGCAUCGGGAGGAUCUAAGGCCUCCGCCAAUAUACCCUGCAGCAGUUGUUCGGACAACAACAUAGCCACCUCCUGGUGUGUCGAUUGUUCCGAAUACAUUUGUGAUAGUUGUGUGCAAGCCCAUCAGCGUUUGAAAAUCACCAAGGAUCACACAAUCAAACCCAAAGAGGAGGCCAAUUCCGAUCAAUCGCCCAGUUCGGCGGUGGAUAAGCUGCACAUGUGCAUCUUGCAUCCCCAGGAAAAGCUAUCGUUGUACUGUGAAACCUGCGAAAAGCUCACCUGUAGGGAUUGCCAACUGUCCGAUCAUCGAGAUCACAAAUACAAGUUUGCCCAUGAAAUAGCCACAGAGACCAGGCAGUCCAUCAACUCCAUGGUGGCCGAGAUUAAUUAUAAACGCUUCCUGCUGUCAUCGGCCAUGCAAGUGAUUGCAGAGCGCCAGAAAGUCAUAUCGGAUAAGAAGAAGGAACUCAUAAAGGAAAUCACCGCCAUGGUGGUGACCAUUACCAACACCGUAAAUAUGCGAGGCAAACAAUUGGUCAUGCGUCUCAACGAGGUGUGUGACGGCAAGUUGAAGUUGCUGAUCGAUAAGCGCGACUCGCUCAUUUCACUCUCCGAUAAUACCGACUAUUGCAUUGAGUUUAUCAACAAUGUCUUGGAUAAGGGCAGCGAUUAUGCCAUAUUGUCGAGCAAGAAAUCGUUGGUGCGACAUUUGCAAAAGCUCAAAUGUCAAAGGGCCGAUAUACCCAAUCCAGAUAUACCCUUGCGUAUAGAUUUACAAAUGUGUCAAAUACAGCAAUUGCAAAAAGAAAUUUCUCGACUUGGCAGCAUACUGGUUGAUGGCAAACCCUAUCCACCACAACCCUCACCGCCUCCACAGCAAGUCCGCCAACAGCCCAGCCCCAAUAUGGCACCACCCCUAAGGCCGGGCAUGCCCCCCGGCAUGCCAUCUGGAUUAUCACCGGGUGGGCCACCGCCUGGUGCAUUUGGUGGUCCCCAAAAUGGUCCUGGCCUGUAUAGUAGUAGUUCGCAACAACAGCAUGUGCACAACAUGCAAAUGAAUCGCAACUUUGCUGGAGACGGGCCAGGUAAGGUGCGCUACAGUGGAAUGCCACCCACAUUAUCAAUGCAAAGACAGGGAGGACAGCCUCAUGUUAGUUCCUCAACACAUCCACAAAAUAUGGACAUAAGCCUUCGUGGUCUAUUAAAUAACCAGGCUGCUCAAAGUCCGAAUCAACCGCCUCAUAUGCAAUCUUUCAAUGGUCCUCCUAGUUAUCCCAGCGGUCCCCAAGGAGCACCAUCACCGCACCAACAAAUGGGAGGUCCUCAAAUGCGUCAGCAUUUUAUGGGAGGUCCACCGGGUCAACAACACCAGAAUUUCUCCCCCACGCCGCCUGGUGGACCAAGUAAUCCCAAUUUUAUGAAUAAUAGUGCCGCCGCAGCGGCAGCAGCACGUUUCCAAACCUACCAACGUAUGUCCAGUCAUGCCCAACAGCAAGCCGCAGUGGCCGCCAUGGCGUCCAGCGGUGGUGGUGGUGGUCAGAUACCCUCACCUGUACCUAUGCAAAGACCUCAAAUGCAUCCAAUGCCUAUGCAGAAUAACAUGGGGUUUCAUGGAAACCAGCCCAACUAUAAUCCCGGUCAUCCGCAAACAUCGCCACAGCUAAGCGGCAACAGUGGUGGUAGUUUACACAUGGCAAAAUGGCACAUACCUCAAUCAGCUCAAACUUGUCCCCAACAAGGUUCUAAUAUUAUGGGGUUUGCCAAUGGCCGACAAAAUGAAAAUUUUAAAAUCUCAUUAAAAUCACCAAAUACUCUCAAGAAUACAACACCUCCCACAACAGGUAGUUCAGCUGGUCAUGGUAUGCCUGGGGGUGGCAAUGGAGCAGGUUCAGGUGGUAAUUCUCUUAUAAAUGCUGCUUCAUUGGGUUUAAGUCCAGCCGUAUCUAUCCUGCCAAAUGUGACAUCGACAAAUCCAAAAACACCGAGUCCCAGUACACAUGAGAACUCUAAGGAUUUUACCGAACCCAUUGACAAAGUGCGGGAUGAUUCUAUAAAUGAUUUAAUGGCAACCAUUGCCAAAUUAGAUUCGAAUGGUGUACAGGUACUGCCAGAGGGACGUACAAAAACAACCUCGCCACAGGUCCAUAGUUCAACAGAUUUAUCCAAUACACAAGAAGUCCAUAAUAAUAAAACUACCGAAAAAGAUGACCCCAAUGAGGAUUGGUGUGCCGUGUGCUUGGAUGGCGGUGAAUUAAUGUGCUGUGACAAGUGUCCAAAAGUUUUCCAUCAGAAUUGUCAUAUUCCUGCCAUCUCUUCGCUGCCCGACGAAAGUGAAAGCUGGCAAUGCCUGUUGUGUGUUAACCUAAAGGAGCUGGCCAGUAAUCCGGAGAAUCUGCAAAAGAACGCCGGUGAAUUGAGUCGUCUGGAAUUGCAAAUACUACAGCGCAUUUGUUUGGAACUCUUUUGCCAAUAUGAGCAAAGUUUACAUUUCCGUGAGCCGGAGCCUCCCUCAAAUACGGCCUACUAUGAAAUUAUAUGCAACCCCAUGUCCCUGGAUGUUAUACGCACACGCUUGGAUCCUUCAAGUCCUAAUCACUACAAGGACAUUGCUUCAUUCAUAGCAGAUGUUCGCUUGAUUUUUAAGAAUACUUACCUAUUCUAUCAAGUGAGUAAUAUGGAGGAUUCCAAGACUUACACCAAUGCCAAAUAUUUGGAGAAUUUCUUUGAAGAACAAUUGGCCAAAUGGCUACCGAGUUAUGCUAACAAAAACCACACAAACAAUUCCAAUGCUUUGCUCUCGAAUACAAUGACAAAUGGUGGCGGCAGCAGCAGUAACAAUGCCUCUACAUCAGCUUCUCCAGCGCCGGGUGCACCUUCGCCUUCGCUCGACCAAAGCGGACGUAAGAGUGUCAAUUCGGUCAUACUCAACAUGAAUACCAACAGCAAUGGCAGUAAUGCCUCACUACAUCGCUCGGGCGAUGACAACACCGAGGAUGGGUGCAACCCGGCCAAGAGACAACGUAAACAGACCGAAUAGGGUAAGAUUAUUGAAGACAAUCUCAACAUAUUCAUGGAAAUAUUACAGAAAAUAUAGCAUUAUGCCCAUUUGCAACCGAAUGCAAAAUAGCAGUAACUGAAAUUAAGACAGGGCGAUAACACAAUGAAUGAUGCAUAAGUUAAAAUACUUGAACUGAACCAAAACAAAAAUCAAAUUGCAUUGCAAACUAACUGUAUGUUUUUAUAAGUAAAACCAAGCUAAUUUGAUCAAAGACACAAAAACCCCUCUACUAAAGCCCAGAUGGGCAAGUGAGUACAUAAAGCAACCUAUAUUUUCUAAACCCCCUUUUAAGAGCUAGACAGCUUUGAAAUCUCAUACAAUGAUGUUUAAACGAAAAGAAAAUGUCCCUUAUCAGAAUUAUUGUACAUGGCAAGUUGCUAAUAUCCAAAGCGGCGGUCAUGUCCUUAUAGAUCUGUGGAAUAUCAAGCAAACUCAAAACUCAACUCUGGAAAGACAACAACAACCUAACCACACUUAGGUUUGGAAGCAAAUCAAAUGUAUUAAAGAGACAAAAACCCCUUAGAGCAAUGAUGAAAAAUUUCCCUAAGGGCCUAAUGUAUAAAAGAAACCAAGAAUUAGAAUACCAUAAUAAUCUACUAAAUGAACAAAUUAAUGAAUACCAAUUAGACAUAAUAAACACAUCGCUAUAUAUAUUUUAUAAAAGUAUAACAAUGUAAAUACCUUAACAAUUACCGAAAACUAAAAAAAAAAAAACAAAAUUUUAUUCGUAAAAUUUAAAAAUAUCAUCAAUGAUAAUGAAUUUUCCAUUAUAUAUACAUAGUAUCCUUUAAUAAUUAGAGCCUAGGAUACCGUAUAUUUAUAAAUAUUGCAAAUAUUUAUACACAUAAAAACAUGUUUUUUUUAAUUCUACAUACCUAAACAUACUAUACACACUCUUAAAUAGUUCUUAUACAUGCCAAUCCCCCACCACCACCACCACCACCACUACCACCAACCAACCAAUUUUUUUUUCAAUAUACAUAUAGAGGAAAUAAUAAACAUUUUUAUACGCCACUUAUUUUUGUACCCUCCACCAUAGAAUGGGGAUAUACUAAUUUCGUCAUUAUGUUUGUUACACCUUGAAAUAUGCGUCUGAGACCCCAUAAAGUAUAUAUAUAUUCUUGAUCGUCUUGUCAUUUUAAGUCGACCUAGCUAUGUCCGUCCGUCUGUCUGUCGAGAGCCCACUAACUUUCGAAAGAGUAAAGCUAGCCUUUUGAAAAUUCGCAAAAAUACUUCUUAUUAGUGUAGGUCGGUUGGGUUUGUAAAUGGGCCAAAUCGGUCCAUGUUUUGAUAUAGCUGCCAUAUAAACCGAUCUUGGAUCUUGAGCCUCUAGAGGGCGCAAUUCUCGUCCGAUUUGACUGAAAUUUUGUACAUAGUGUUUUGGUAUCACUUCCAACAACUGUGUUCAGUAUGGUUAAAAUCGGUUCGUAAUCUGGUAGAGCUGUCAUAUAAACCGAUCUUGGAUCUUGACAUCUUGAGCCAAUAAAGCGCAGAAUUUUCACCCGAUUUGGCUGAAAUUUUGCAUGAGGUGUUCUGUUAUAACUUCCAAUAACUGUGCUAAGUAAGAUUUAAAUCGGUGCAUAAUCUGGCAAAGCUGUCAUAUAAACUGAUCUUGGAUCUUGACUUCUUGAGCCACUAAAGAACGCAAUUCUCAUCCGAUUUGGCUGAAAUUUUGCAUGAAGUGUUUUGUUACGACUUCCAUUAACUGUGCUAAGUAUGGCGCAAAUCGGUACAUAACCUGAUAUUGCUGCCAUAUAAACCGAUCUAGGAUCUUGACUUCUUGAGCCUCUAGAGGGCGCAAUUCUAAUCAU